UUACAUUUCACUUGGUUACAGUCUGACUGAGGAUUUUAAUCAUUCAGAGCCACAGUGAAAACAAUUCUCCCUGCAAUCACUCUUAACUGAUAUUCGCUAACUUUGGGCAUGUCAGCUUCUGCAUCCAGCGAAAAUAGUCCUUUCUGAGAUGGCAUCUGCGAUUCAUCUACUCAGAACUUAAUGAAGUUGGUGACAAUGUGACAAUGUGGAGAAAUCAUGUCAGAAAAUGUGGUGUGUACUGGAAAUGUCAAUGCUGUAAAGGAAGUUUGGGAAAAAAGAAUACAGAUACUCAAUGAAGACCUGAAGCGAGAGAAGGAAUUUCAACAGAAGCUUGUGAGGAUCUGGGAAGAACGAGUAAGCUUAACCAAGCUAAAAGAAAAGGUCACCAGGGAAAACGGAAGAGUCAUUUUGAAGAUAGAAAAAGAGGAAUGGAAGACCCUUCCUUCUUCUCUACUGAAACUGAAUCAGCUACAGGAAUGGCAACUGCAUAGAACUGGUUUGUUGAAAAUUCCUGAAUUCAUUGGAAGAUUCCAGAACCUCAUUGUGUUAGAUUUAUCUCGAAACGCAAUUUCAGAGAUACCUAGAGUAAUAGGACUGCUUACUAGACUUCAGAAACUGAUUCUUAGUUACAACAAAAUCAAGACUGUCCCCAUGGAACUAAGUAACUGUGCCAGCUUGGAGAAACUAGAACUUGCUGUUAACAGAGAAAUAUGUGAUCUUCCACAAGAGCUCAGCAAUUUGUUAAAGCUUACUCACCUUGAUCUGAGUAUGAACCAUUUCACUGCAAUCCCUCCUGCUGUGUUGAACAUGCCUGCCCUUGAGUGGCUUGACCUGGGGAGCAACAGACUGGAACAACUUCCUGAUACUAUAGAAAGAAUGCAAAAUUUACAUACAUUGUGGCUGCAACGGAAUGAAAUAACAUGCUUGCCAGAAACUAUCAGCAAUAUGAAAAAUCUGGGUACUCUUGUUCUCUGCAACAAUAAACUGCAAGAUAUUCCAGUGUGCAUGGAAGAAAUGACCAACCUGAGGUUUGUCAACUUCAGAGACAACCCACUGAAAUUAGAAGUAACGCUUCCUCCCAGUGAAAGCAUAGAGGAAGAGGAACAGGAAUUAUUUGGCCUUCAGUUCAUGCACACAUACAUACAGGAGUCACGGAGAAGAGCAGACAACCAAGUCAACUGUUUGACGACUUUACCAAUCUCUAUAAAUACUGAUGGAUAACAUAACUCAAGAUGCCUUGCUCAAGAAGAUUACUUUGGGAAUUUGGUGAAUUCUCUAAUGUCUCCACUUCUCAAGUAAAAAAGCUAUUACCAAAGUUCAAUGAGGCCACUACCUUUUUUAAAGUUCAUAUUAUCUGCUAUUAAAUAAUAUUUUCAUGAAUAUAAAAAUACAAUUUAAAAUAUAUUUUGUAUCUUUUGGUGGAAGACAGAUGAUGUUCAAAAUUUCUUUUCCAUUAAACAGUUGUUUUUGGUGAUGAAGAAUGAUUUGGUAAAGCAGUUAACAAUACAUUUUCUAAAGACACUAGAGGGUCUGUAUAGUACUGUAGAGCAGGACGGAAUCCCUUGUGCUGCAAAUACUCGAUUCGACCUUGGUCAAUCAGCAAUUUACAAAGAUGCCCUAUUUUCUUCUUUUCUCCAACAGUAAGAAACCUAAAUUGAAAAAACACACGUAAAACAUUGUUAGAAUUUUGUAAAAGUUUAUAAAAAAUCAUUUCAGUCACUUCUAUUUAUUGAUAAGCUGCUAGAUAACCUACAAUAUACUACGUGCUAUGUAUGUCCCAUACAUUUUAUUUAUGAUCACAAUAAAAAUGUGUGUAUUUUAACUUAC